UGAGAGCGAGUGAGGCAAAGAGAGAAUUAUGCCCAAAUGCCUUGCAAUUAAUAACAAGGCCCUUUCAGUCCCUUGAAAGUUGAAACCUUCGUUAACCCAGCUGUGAUUUCUGAAGAGCCUCUCUCUCUCUCUCUCUCUCUCUCUCUCUCUCAACGUUUCUUAAACACAUCCCUCUCCAUCUUCCUCGCUCGCCAUUUAGCUCACUUCUUCUGUGCCUCACAGAGGAAAGAUCAGAAGAGCGAAGAACCUAGUUUCUGUUUUUCCAGAUGAAGGAAGUCACUGUUGAGGCUGAAGGGUCUAAGGACACUUCGAAGCGAAGUGUGCCUCAUGAAGGAAACGCCAGAGGAAAACGCGGUAUGGGUUCUUCGUCGCCGGACAUGCACAAUACGGCCUUGAAGAUUCUGAGAGCCAGGGAAUCUUAUAAUGGCUACGAUCAAGAACAAGAAAAGCCGUCCAAACUCGAACUUCUCGCCUGGUAUUUGUACGAGUUUUGCUCCUAUUUUGUUCAGACCGUUCUCAUUCCAGUCGUUUUCCCUCUCAUUAUCAGCCAGCUUCAGCAGCUUCCUCCAAACUCUGCUUCAGAUUGGACCAAGAGCCACCCUGGAUUCUCCUGCUCCGACAAGGAGAUCACUCUUUAUAGUAAGCUCACACUGAAAACCAUAAGGACGAGUGGUUCAAGAUUCUCGUCAUUGGAGUGGACGUCAAUAGGUUGGGCUACAGGUCUGGCACUGGCUGCUCCAAUUCUGGGCUUCCUCUCCUUCCAUCUUGAUGGUCAUUUUCCGGCGCUCAUCACAGCAGCUGCCACCGGCGUCGGUGUUUUCUUCUGUCUCCCGGCGGGAUUCUUCAAGGUCACCAAGAUCUUCAUCCCUUACAUUGCAUUCAUUGUAGCUGCAAGCACAGUUGCCAUUGCCUCUCACACCCACCACCUUGGCCACAUGAUCCGUGCCUUCACCGGACCUUCCCUUAAGAAAACGGAAUUUCACAUUAGACAAGGAGUCUCCGGCUGGCUCUCCCUCUGCGCCACCGCAGCUGGCAGCUUUGGUGCCGCCAUCAUCGCGGCCUUCACUUAUCACAUGCUCCGGGAACCUAAAGACCAUGAGUUCAUAAGCCUAUGGGUAGUAUCCAUCUUCAGUGGCCUCAUAUGGCUUGUGGGGAUAAUCCAUGCUAUCACAGCCAUUAACAGAACCUCAGAUUCCAUGAUCUCGAUCUCGUCAAAGUUCCAUCCUUUUUCCAUUUUUAAAUACCCUCAAGGGAUCGGAGCCAUUGUCAGUGUCUUCCUGUCUUCAUUCACCACCAUGUGCAUCUUCAUCUCAGGAGUCAUCUUCGUUGUUGGUGAUCUCUGCAUCAAACCACUUCACUUGCUUGCUUUCUGGUUGAUGUACUUCUGCUUCCCUCUGGUUUCUAUGCCUCUACUUCAACCUCUUCAACAAAUAAUCAAGGCCAGUUCAGUGAAAAUGCAAAUCCUGGGAUUCCUCCUCUCAAUCCUAUCUUCUGGGUUCGCUUUCUAUUUCUCUGAUUCUCACUGGAAAUGGAGGCACCUUCUGCUAUUUGGAGCCAUACAGAGCACAUCAAAUGGAAUCCUUUAUGCAUUUGGAAGAGCCCUGGUUCUAGACUGUGCGCCAUCAGGGAAAGAAGGAGCGUUUUCAAUCUGGUUCGCUUGGAUCAGGGCCGUUGGGUUGUGCGUAGGAUUUGCAGUCGGGUCGAGCGUUCCAGGUCAGAUUCGCGCAUCGUUCGGAGCUGCAUUCUGUGCUGCAAUGGCGGGCAUAGCUGUUCUGCUUUUCGGGAAUGUUAGUGAUGUCGGAGGAGCUGAAGCUGCGGGGCAUGUGGUGGACGAUAGAAGUGAGAGAGACACGCAUGUUUCCAAGGAAGCAGCAAUGCAUGUUUGAAGAAACUCCAUGAAAUGAAGCAAUAAAAAGGUUUAUUCUUUAUUUGCAAAUGACGAAAAUGGUGGUGGUGGUGGUGGUGGUGAUGCAUUGCGAGGUCGUGCGGGUGAAGGAGGAGGAUUAAUAUAAGGUUUCGUUUCAUGAUGAUUGAUUAGAUUGUACGUACUUAAUUCGACAAUUGUUGUUAUUGUGAAAUUAUGGUUUGUGUAUGCUGAGGAUUUUGGGUCAGGGUCUUGUGUUUGUUUAUACAUUAUGUUUACACAUUAAUCAUCUCACUAAGGAGAUUAGAGUGUGUUCUUUUUAAUUAAAUUAGUUUAGUCGUCUGAAUUUAA